UUGCGCGCUCGGGUAACGGACAAAGGCUUUUUGGAGCACAAGAUCGCGGCUCGCGACAGAUAACGCGCCGUGCACACGUGCAGUCUGGCUGAACGAGCCGCGAAAUGCCGAUACGCCGAUCGGGCUGACCGAUUUCCAUAGGUUCAACGCGUAUACCCGACUUUCGGGAGGAGGGAGAUCGUUGCCCGAUCUAUCAUAUGUGUAGUACUCAACCAGCAGUUUUCUUCCCUCGAGGCUCCAAGUGAAGAGGUACCGAUGGCUUGCCCGGCUCCUGUUGACGAUCGGCCAAAGUGACGUGGGGAGUUUUUUUGUUUUGUUUUCUACACGUUGAUUACGUUGUGGUGCAGCGCGCGGCAGAGAUGGCCAAGUGUCCAAGACUCGGGGGGCUCGUCCUUGUGGCACUUCUGGCGCUGUCACCCUCAGCACCUGCAGCCUCCUCCGCCUCGUACGUCGAUGACCGAACGCAAAGGUAUCUCAUGAAUUUCGGCUAUCUGCCCAAGGAGGAUUCGGAGAUCGGGAAUCUCAGGACCAACGACCAGGUGACCGAGGCUCUUCGAAGCUUGCAGAGGUACGGCGGGAUCCCCGAGACCGGUGAAGUGGACGAGCCAACCAAGGAGUUGAUACGGAAAAAGCGGUGCGGAAUGCGAGACGAGCCCGAGGACAGGCACAGAGGACGAGUCAAGAGGUUCGUCAUCCACAGCCGAUGGACCAAGUACGACCUUACGUGGAGCUUGAAGUAUCCGACUCCCCGAGGACUCCAAUACUACGAGGCGAGAAACGAGUUCAACCUAGCGCUUCAGUUAUGGGAGAAACACAGCAACCUCACGUUCCGGGAGCUACCAGACAGCGACGACGCCGACAUCGUUAUCUCCUUCCACAGGGGCAAUCACGGCGAUGGAUACACCUUUGACGGCAGGGGGAGCAUACUGGCUCAUGCUUUCUUUCCUGGCUCGGGCCGUGGCGGUGAUGCCCACUUUGACGAGGACGAGGAGUGGACCGUAGGAAACACCGACAUCGAGUCUGGCACGAAUCUGUUCUCGGUUGCAGCCCACGAGUUCGGCCACUCGCUUGGACUGGCGCACAGCUCGGAGAAGGGCUCACUCAUGUUUCCCUGGUACCAGGGGAUAACCAGGGAUUACGAGCUGCCCAAUGACGAUAAGUACGGCAUCCAACAGCUAUACGGUGCGCCAACCAAAAAACUUUGGGACUACAACCCUCGGCCACCAACGACAACGACAACGACGACGACGACGAGGCCGCGGACGAGACCAACACCGAGGCCAACACCAAGGCAGAGGCACCCGCACCGGCAUCCCAACAGCGACUAUCCUCACAACCGUCCGAGCUACCAUCCUCCCCCCAAGGAGCCGUACAAGCCCAGCUGGCCCCAUUACUACCCGUACCCGACGACGCAACCACCACCACCGGCCACAACCACCACGACCACGACAACGACCGAGAGACCCUACAGGCGUUACUCGAGCAUUGCGACCGUCGGUGUGACCAGCCGGACGACGACCGCUCGCCAGACGCCCACCAGGAGGAAGCCCCAGGGGUGCGACCUUGCGAGCUACGACGCCGUGAGCCUCCUGCGCGGAAUGAUCUUUGUGUUUGCCGGACCGUACCUGUGGAUGCUGAGCGACACCGGGAAAUCGACGUACGACAGGCCGGUCGAGAUCGACAGGUACUUUAGGUUCAACAGAAGCAUAGAGCGCGUGGACGCGGUGUACGAGCGCUCGGACGGCGACAUUGUCUUCUUCAUAGGGCGCGAGUAUUACGUGUUUGAUGGGAACGAUCGCAGGCCCGGGUAUCCCAGGCGACUGGCAGCGCUCGGUUUGCCCAGCGAUCUCAUGAAAAUCGACGCCGCCAUGGUCUGGAAGUACAACAAAGGGACCUACUUCUUCAGCGGCCACGAGUACUGGAAGUUCGACGAGAAGACUAACAACGUGGAGCUGGAUUAUCCGAGGGACAUAAGCAGAUUCACCAACGUCGGCCCAAACAUCGAUGCUGCCUUUCACACGAAAAACGGUACAACGUAUUUCUUCCGGGGUAAGAACUUUUGGCAGUUCGACGACGCGCGCAUGAAGAUCGUGAACAGGAAGCCCAAAUCGUCGGCCCACUACUGGAUGGGCUGUCCCCGGGGCGUGGACACGAACGAGAUCGAUUCCAACGAUCCGACCUACGACUCCCAGAACUCGGCCGCCGAGGCGCCCUCGUUCACAAUCGCACUCGGCCUGGGAUUGGGACUGGUGUACCAACUGCUUACGCGGCAUGCUGCCUUGUAGCUCUGUUUGUGUGACUUUACUCCUGCGUACCGUUCUUUACUAAAGCCGAAACUGGACGUAGUGAUGACAAUCCAAACCUUUACUCCUGUGUAUUGUGUAUCUGUCGCCAAGUUUUGUUGUAUAUCAUACCAAAAGCACUCGAGUUUGCGCCUUCAAUUUUCGUUCUCUUCAAGUUAGUUUUCACGAAUAUGAGUACAGUGAUGAUUUUUAUUUUUUUUUUUCACAAUUCGUGUACUGUCGUAACUGGAGGAUUCGUCCACAGUCGG